AUGUCAGCCUUUGCUGAGUACCGCCGUGUGUGUUAUUACAACCUGGUCUCCAUUUACCAUACCGGAAUAGGAACAUUUCGUCCCUAUAACAUCGACCCCAUGCUUUGUACACACAUAAUCGUCGCAUAUGCUGAUCUCAAUAACAAUAUGAUAGAUGUGAUGUCGGCUAACGAUGAAACUUUUUACAAAGAAAUUAUUGACCUCAAACCUGCCAACCCCUUUCUUAAGGUGAUGAUAGCCUUAGGAGACUUUGAUCACAAAAUUGCUACAAUGGUAGCUAAACCAAGAAGAAUGAUCGAGUUCGUAGACUCUGUCGUCGAGUUUCUUCAGAAAUAUGGAUUUGAUGGGAUUGACUUGGACUGGGAAUUUUCAGCAAUCGACAAACCACGCGUAGAUAAAUCAAAAUAUUCCGGUCUUUGCAGGAGACUAAGAAAUGCUUUUAAAAAUGAGUGUGAAAAGUCUGGUAAGGACAGUAUGCUGCUUUCAGCUAGUGUUGGAACGCUUAAAGAAAACAUCGAUGACGUUUAUGAUGUCCCGAACAUGAUAAAACACCUAGACUUCAUUAACCUCAAUACUGAUAACUUAUAUCGAGAACAGGACUAUCCCGACAAUCGGACAUACCAUCACAGUCCACUGGUCAGCAGGCCGGACGACACGGAGACGGAAAGUUAUAUUAACAUGCAAUGGGUAGCAAGAUACUGGGCACAGAAGGGAGUUCCAAAGACAAAAAUUAACAUAGGGCUCUCUCUAGAUAGUUACGGGUUCAAACUGCUAGAUCCAGCUAAUUUCCUCAUAGGGUCCGUGUCUACCGGGCCAAGCGACGGCGGGCUGUAUACAGCUUUACAAGGACAUCUAGCCUAUUAUGAGGUGUGUCUGUUGAUGGAAGCAGGAGGUCAGUCGUACCGAGACUAUUUUGUCCCCUACUACGUCGAUAACGACCUGUGGGUGGCUUAUGAUGAUGAACAGAGUAUAACGGACAAGGUUGAAUGGUUGAUUGAAGAGGGAUACGGAGGCACAGCUGUAUGGGAGUUGUCUUUGGAUGAUUUCAGCGCUGUAUGUAAUUCCUCCAUGAGAAGGUUUCCUAUUGCACAGCAGAUCAAAGAUACGCUUCAACAAGCAGAACCAAAGCCGAAUACAUAUCGACGAGUAUGUACUUUCACGGUGUGGGCCGGAGAUCGACCGGGAAUAGGAGAGUUUACUCCCUGGGACAUAAAUCCUGAUCUGUGCACGCACAUCACAGUGGUCUAUGCUGCUGUCCGCCAUGACCGGCUAGCGCCAAUGUUCGUCCAAGAUUUAAAAUUGUAUCGGCAAAUUAACAGAAUAAAGAAUAAUUACCCGCACAUAAAGACACUUUUGUCAGUUGGUGGCUGGGAAGCCGGUAGUGCGGAGUUUUCCAACAUGGUGUCCAAUCGUCUCUCGAUGUUUACAUUUGUGAGGUCAGUCCUCACCUUCUUCCGCAGUUACGAUUUUGACGGUCUUGAUCUGGCAUGGCAAUAUCCAGCAUUCAGAAAAGGGUCUCGCCCAGCAACAGAUCGACGUCUCUAUGGAGAACUAAUUAGGAUGCUUCGAGUUGCUCUCGAUACAGAAUGCUUGCGUUCUGGUAGAGACCGUUUACUUCUGACGGCAUCAGUCAGCCCAGAAAAAGACGUCAUUGACACAUCGUACGAUAUCAACAGUAUGAUUCAGAACCUGGAUUGGAUCAACGUGAUGUCCUUCAGCAUGUAUGGUUCCUCAGACGAGUAUACAGACCAUCAUAGUCGUCUAAGUGCACGUCCAUUUAGCAGCGUCGACAGCGCCCAACGCACAAUUGAAUGGUCUCUUAGUUAUUGGAAUAGCCUUGGUGUAGCGAAGGAGAAGCUAAAUGUGGGCCUGUCGACGUUCGGAGUUGGAUUUACACUUGAAUACCCCGGCAUUAACGGAAUAGAUGCUGACACUUGUGGGCCAUCGGACCCAGGACCAUACACGAAUGUUGCCGGCUACCUUUCCUACUAUGAGAUUGGUGAGCUGAUAGAGAACGGAGCCAUGGUGUACCGGGACGAUGGCAUGCCGUACCUUGUUCUCGGUGAUCAGUGGAUUUCAUACGAUGACCUACAAAGUCUAACAGAAAAGACGGAGUGGCUGAUACAGGAGGGAUACGGGGGAGCCAUGUUAUGGGAUCUAUCAUUGGACGAUUUUUCACAGAACAUCAAUACGUCACAAACCUCUUUCCCAUUACUCUCAGAGAUCACGGAAACAAUUGUUUCCGCCGAAUUCCAACCGUCUUCAUCAUUACCAACAUCUACUACAACCACACCAA